AUGGAAUUUUCUAUCAAGAAAUACUGCCCUUGGAACUCUCUUCCCACUGCAUUUUCACGAUUACAGACUGCAUCUUCUCUCCGCGACAGCUCUUGCACAUCCGAUGAUGUUUCUGACAUCUCAUUGACUACGACCAACACAACUAUCACCAAUAUCUCGUCUACAUUGCCAGACCUGGGGAUUCCAAUUCCACACAUCCCCAAGCAGCAUUUCAAGUUCCAAAGCUCUAUCCAAAGUCUCAAUAACGCGGAUUUUGGCUAUGAAUCAGAUGAUUCUAGAGUAGAGUCUGCUGAGCAUGUGGAGUUCAGUGAGCGUUUUCAGCAAUAUCCAGAGGAUUCCUUGCAAGGCGAUGAAAUAUUUGCAUUUGAAGACUGUCACUAUGAUCCCUUAGAAAGCACCGUUUCGCCAUACGACGCUUACGAGACUGGCUCUGAAUUUGAAGAGUUUGAAGAAUUCGAUGAAGUUGAUGAAGCUCUUGACGAGUAUGUGGAUGACAUGGAAUUUGAUGAUUCGCACAUUGCAUUUGAAAAUUUCGUCCACUUUGACACAGAUGUCUCGUACAUUGAAAAUGUCGAGCAUCCCGAUGACCACGCUGACGACGAGGCGGGAGGCCAAUCUCCAAUGACCCUUCAUGAAAUGAUGUUGCUCGCGAAUAGUCGUCGCGAUCAUGUCAUGUAUGACAGUCAAGACGGCAACAACGAUGACUCUGGCAAUGGAGACACUUCUAUUGCAAACAUCAUUAUACAACAGCUUGCAAAAGAUUAUGCUAGCGACAUGUUGGACGUAGAUAAACAAAUUUUUGUCGCUUUUAUCAAUGGCAUUCACGGGGACACGAAGCGAAGAUACCAAUCAUAUCUCCAUGAUCGCGUGCAAGGAUUUCGAGAGGGCCGGUUUCAAUCACCUUUCUUCGAAACGGAGACAGACUCAUCAGGUUGUCUCUUCCUUGAUGAAGCAUUAAAGCACGUUAUUGGCAUGUUCCGCCACAUCGUUCUCCGUGAGGAGUUUGAUGAAUUAGCCCGUCUUGCCCAGUCUUCAAGGUUGCAGGAACAGGUAUCUGCGUCGACGAAAAAACAGUCUUUUGCUUUCCUGGAAAGAAUCGAACGUCUUUUGUCUGAACGUUUGCUUCAAGGCAUGACUAGCGUGGGCCAGGAUGAGUUGAGUUUCUUUGCGGACGGAGUGGUCUAUGCACUCGCACAUCCGAACAUAUAUGCUUACGAUGUUGCAGCUAUAUGA